CCACAGGUUUGGGCAGUCAGUUCAUAGCAGCACUACUCUCCACCAUGAACGCUAAGCUCCUCGUCCUCCUUGGCCUGGUCGCCGUCGUGGCUGCCGACAGUAGGGAGACUUACGCCUACCGUGCUCCUCAGGCAUCCUCCGAGGAAUCCUUCGAGUCCUACGAAUCCACCGAAGCCAAGUACGACUUCAACUGGGCCGUCAGCGAUGACUCCUCCAGCAACGAGUUCGGACACCAGGAGGCCCGUGACGGCGACCACACCCAGGGGUCGUACUACGUGCAACUCCCCGACGGCCGCCUGCAGAAGGUCACCUACUACGUGGACGGCGACUCCGGCUACGUGGCCGAGGUCAGCUAUGAGGGCGAGGCUCGCUAUGACUCCGUCGAAUCAUCCGAAUCUGUCGAGUCUGUGGAAUACAGACCACGAUACUUCUACGACUCGAACGAAUCAAAGUAACUUAUUCAGUGUGACACAUUUAAAGUCCGGGUAUUAAGCCAAAAGUAGGUAUGGAUGUGGCACUUACCCAAGUUUCACAUUAUUUUACCUAUUGAACCUCAAUAAUUCUGAAUGUACAAACGUCCAAGAAACCAAAGGUAAUGAUGGUUUUAGUUCAUUCUAAACUAUCAAGACCUUUCUUUAUAAAUAGCAAAAUGUAUAAAAUAUCUAUUUCUCUUCUCAGAUUUAUAUUCAAAUUAUUUAUUAUUAUAUCAAUAAAGGAUGAUAGCAA